AUGAAGAUUCAUUCAAAACUGGCUGUGCUUUUGUGGAUGGGACUCCCUGUCAACGCCUUCUACAUGACUCGCGCAUCAAGAGCCAAGUUUGCCAAAGCUCCCAGUGCCUUUGAAGAUGUUCCUGUGGUGGUGGAAGAAACAUUGAGUACUGACGAAAUGGAACAAUGGCUUUCAAACAUUAUGAAUCGUGCCAAGCAGGAGCCCAUCUUGGCCCAGUUCGAAAAGGAUCAGAGCAAAACGCCCAUGCCCUUGAAGGAAGCGGUCAAGGUGGCAGUCCACAAUUCCACUCACGAUGAUCCCGUCUACUUGUCGUCGGUCCGCCAGACGGCCUCUCAUGCCUUUACUGAGAUGGUUCCCUUCUUUCCACUCAAGGAGGCACUCUUUGCCAGUGGUGCUGACGAUGACGAAGCAGACAAAUUGGAUUGGAUCAAGUGCUUUUCUCAUUUUGCCAAGGUUCACGAUACACUAGUGGUAGCGGGAGCAGGAUCCACAUCACCGUGUUUGCAGUGUCAUGCCUAUCAAAAGAUGAUUCUAGGUGUUGAUGGGAGUCAACUCAUUCGCAUUGUUCCACCACUCACACAACAACCGAAUCCCGCAAUGCGAUCUAGUGCAGCACCAAUGUACAUUGAAUCGGGCUAUGGAUUUCCCAUCAGUACAGGCUUCCAUACCAAACACGAUCUCUUUCGAUUCCGUCAUCGUGAUGUUGAUUGGGAAUUGGAUCAAAUGAAGACACAUGGAACAGAAGAAUACCGCAAUCGCUACGACAAUCACUUUCAGCAUUGGGCCGAAGAUCCAACCAUGUUCAUCCCUUCCAUACCCCUCGAAGGACAGGACGAGGACAAGUUUCAUCAUGGAAUGUGGCACAGCACCGUCAUUUUGCCGGGAGACAUGGUUGUGAUCCCUCCGGGAUGGUGGUAUCAGACUUACAAUGUAGAACCCAGUGUCUCCAUUGUCAGUCAACGGUGUGGCGGCAGUUCCAUGGCCACCAAGUUCAUUCAUCAUGCAUUGGAAAUAUCCGGUGUCGAUCGCAUGUUGCGACUCAACGAGGACGAGGGGCAUUCCGAAGAAGAAGCCAUGACCAUUGUCAGCGGUCUCUUUGAAGUGCUGGAGGAGCACUACAGCGGCACAAAAAAGAAUGCUUACUAAAGCAGAGAGAUGCCCCAUGAAUACACAUGAAUGAACUUGCAACAAGAAACUGAAAAAGCUCGUGAAGAAUUGAACGAGACGAGAGAAAAAACACACACACAAACAAUGAUACCGGUAUUUGCAUAGUAGCUAGACCUUUUGAUAAUAUUACAUGACAUAAAACAGCG